CAUAUCAGUAAAAGAUCCAACCUUUCCCAAUUGCGAAUCGACAUCAUGAUUCCUUCUUUUCAGUAAAAUGGUGAAAGUCCACAAUUUUUCAUCAAGAAAUGAAAUAAGAGUGGUCCAAAGUCACGCCAAAGUGGAGUCACGAGGCUGAGUGACAGCCUUUACAGUACCAUAUACUGGUGCACGGGGUCCUUUAGCCUGGGAAGUCGUCCUUUAGCUCUUUUUUUUCAGGUGAAGUAUUCAAUGCUGGGUUUAAGGACUCGUAAUGUCACCUAUUAAAGGCUUGAGGUUUGGUGUGGACUUUUAAGAACGUUUGCUCGGUUGGACCAUCAGAUGCUGCAUAAAGGACGGCUUUAAUGGAAACAAAGGCCACGUCCGUGCUACAAGAUCGGAGAUUUGGUCUACCAUUUGUCUAUAAGAGCUGCAUGCUCGCUUGCUUGGCCAUCUGACAGACUUAUUAUACAAGUCCUUGAUGAUUCAACUGAUGCAGCAAUUAGGGAUUUAGUGCAAAAAGAAUGUGAAAGAUGGUUGAGGAAGGGAAUGAACAUACAUUAUGUAUCAAGGGACAAUAGAAAUGGGUACAAAGCAGGUGCUCUAAAAGCAGCUAUGGAGCUUGACUGUGUGAAGAAGUGUCAGUAUGUUGCAAUAUUCGAUGCAGAUCACCAGCCUUCAUGUGAUUUUCUCAUGCGAACAAUUCCUUUUCUCAUCCACAAUCCUAAAAUUGCCCUUGUUCAAGCUCGAUGGAUGUUCGUGAAUGCUGAUGAAUGCCUAAUGACAAGGAUACAAGAGAUGUCACUGAAUUACCACUUCAAGGUGGAGCAACAAUCAGGCUCAUCAACAUUCGCAUUCUUUGGUUUCAAUGGGACUGCUGGUGUUUGGAGAAUCUUAGCCAUACAAGAGGCUGAAGGUUGGAAGGAACGAACUACUGUGGAGGACAUGGACUUGGCAGUCAGAGCUACUCUCCAGGACUGGAAAUUUGUAUAUAUUGGUGAUCUUGAGGUUAGAAGUGAACUACCAAGCACUUACAAGGCCUAUCGAUAUCAACAACACCGUUGGGCUUGUGGACCUGCAAAUUUAUUUAAGAAAAUGGCUUGGGACAUUAUUAAGGCCAAGAAAGUGUCCAUAUGGAAGAAAUUUUUUUUGGUCUACAACUUCUUUUUUGCCCGAAGGAUUGUAUCGUAUAACGUUACUUUCUUCUUUUACUGUGUGGUGAUUCCAUUAUCUACUUUUUUCGCUGAAAUCAAGAUUCCAAGGUGGGGAGUUAUUUAUAUUCCAACAAUAAUUACUGUCCUCAAUGCAGCUGGAACCCCAAGCUCUCUACAUCUAACUUUGAUUUGGAUCUUUUUCGAGAAUGUCAUGUCCUUGCACCGAUGCAAAGCUGUCUAUAUUGGUCUUUUUGAUGCUGGAAGAGUAAAUGAAUGGGUUGUGACAGAGAAACUAGGAAACAUGCUGAAGACGAAACCAGUUGUUAAUGCUGCUAGGAAUUUUCAGAAGAAAUUCUGGGAAAGGUUCCUUUUCCUGGAGAUUGCAAUGGGAAUAUUCCUCUUUUCAUGUGCAUAUUAUGACUACGCCUUCAGCAAAAAUCAAUACUUCAUAUACAUUUUCCCACUCUCCAUCUCAUUCUUCAUAAUGGGCUUUGGUUACGUUGGCAUCUAUAUACCAGUGGCAGAGCAGGUGAAUGCAUUGUGAACACUAUCUUAAUCUCUUCCCCUACAUCAAAAUUCUUUUACGGAUUCGCAUUUCAAUUGUGUAAAUUUGAAUUGAAUAAGAGGAUCAAUCAAGCUUCAUAUUGAGGAGAAACAAUUAAUUGAUGCCAUGGUAAACGCUAGUACAUUGCUUCCACCAUGGUAGCUAAAAAAUGAGUGCAUCCUCAGUGAGCUAAUUGCUUAGAGAGAGAUCAACAAGAAAAUUUUCAUGCAACUGAAUUUUUAUUCUCUUCAAUGCAAUACAUGUGGAUCGUCAUCAUUAUUUUGAAGUGAAAGGUCUUCAUCAUUAUUUUGUUCA